CUUGUCACCUUGGUUCGACAGUAAAAAUUCUCUUUUGCUUUGUACCUGUACCAGAGAGAGAGAGAGAGUGUGUGUGUGCUUUUUUUUUUCCUUUCUCUUUCUUUCAGUGGUGGCUUCUCGAGUUCUCUGCAUAAGGGUCGAAGCUGCCAUGUUGGCGUGUUUCACGGACGACCGUAGCAUAUGCGCUUCACCUGCCAUUGGCUACCUCUUUCUCUUACUCUUCUCGGUCGUCACCACCUCCUCCACUGCUUGUUCCAAUGGCAAUUGCCAGGUUCUGGACGCUUGUACUGCGCCCACAGACUGUGGGCAAGGUCUCUACUGUGGGAACUGCCCUGCUUUGGGUAAGACUCAGCCAAUCUGUAUCAGAGGUCAAGCAACAAUACCCACUUCAAUUAUUAAUGGGUUGCCUUUCAAUAAGUACACAUGGUUGGUAACUCAUAAUUCGUUCAGCAUCGUCGAUGCGCCUUCGUUGAAUGGUGUUCAGCGAUUGACAUUUUACAACCAAGAAGAUAGCGUUACUAACCAGUUGAUGAAUGGCGCGAGGGGGCUGAUGUUGGAUAUGUACGACUUCGAGAAUGAUAUCUGGCUCUGCCAUUCAUUUCGGGGCCAAUGUUUCAACUUCACAGCCUUUCAACCUGCAAUUAACACUUUGAAGGAAGUGGAAGCAUUCUUAACUUCGAACCCGACAGAGAUUGUGACAAUAAUAAUUGAGGAUUAUGUGCAUACUCCAAAAGGAUUGACUAAUGUGUUUACUCUUGCUGGUUUAGACAAGUAUUGGUUUCCUCUGACCAAGAUGCCAAAAAAGGGUGAAGAUUGGCCUACUGUGACUCAGAUGGUGCAGGAAAAUCAUCGACUCAUUGUUUUCACUUCGGAUGCUUCGAAGGAAGCAAAGGAAGGAAUAGCAUACCAGUGGAAGUAUAUGUUAGAAAAUGAGGCUGGAGAUCCUGGUGUGGUUCGAGGUUCAUGCCCAAAGAGAAAAGAAUCAAAGCCACUGAACUCUAAAAGUGCAUCUCUUUUCCUAGAGAAUUACUUCCCUACAUAUCCAGUUGAAACUGAUGCUUGCAAAGAGCAUUCUACUCCACUUGCUGAGAUGGUGAACACAUGUUACAAAGCAGCAGGCAAUGUGAUGCCAAACUUUUUGGCAGUCAACUUUUACAUGAGGAGUGAUGGAGGAGGUGUUUUUGAUGCUGUGGACAGAAUGAAUGGCCUUACACUUUGUGGGUGUAAUACUGUCACUGCCUGCCAGGCUGGGGCGCCUUUUGGAUCUUGUAAGAAUGUUGCUGUACCCAGUGGAAAUCCCAUUACCAACACUGCUGGAAGCUUUACUGGAUCAGUUACUGGAUCUGUUCAGUUUGCAAAAUCAGCUUCAACAGUCAAUUCUCCCAAUCACUUGGUUUUCUUUAUGUUCUCUUUUCCGUUGAUGGCAUUUUGGUUAUGACUGCAAACAAAUGGUUACUAGCUUGUUCGUUAGCGAGUUACUUCUUGAGAUGGGAUUCUGGUAUUAUGUCAUACAUAAAAUAGAGUUAUAACUAUUGCACUCUGUCUUGUUGAGAGAAAGGUCAAAGAAUGGUUGCUAAAGCUGUGGAUGUGAUUAUGGAGGAAAAAUGUCUAAAAUUUUAUCGAGACAGUGAAGAUAUAUACAUACAUAUGAAAUAGAUGGUGACCAAGAAAGACCCAGAAAACUCCAGUAGUGGUUCAGGUCUUCAUCAGGGCAUAGUGGGUAACUGUAGGCGUUAGGGGAACGAACCGGGUAGAAUGUGUAGAAGUGCUCGCAUUAUGAUACUAGGCUUUCUUGGUAGUUGUACUUGUAUCUAACAUUUUUUGCUUCAUUUUGUUUUAGUUUCCCACGUAUAAUGAGGUCAUGUUGCUAUGCUUUUUAAAUUGUGGAGGUUCUGAAACUUUGAGGCUAUUACAAAUUUGAGGAGUGUGUUAAGAAAAAAUGAGAUGAAAUGUAGCUUUUACUUUUAAUGGA